CCUGCCGUUAGGGAAGACCCAGCUGUGCUAAGGGUGGCAGCAACAGAGCAGCGGCACCCGCCCUUGGCAAGGCCACAGCUCCCUCUGGCAGCCCCAGUCAUGUCCUGGCAGCAAUCUCCGGCGGUGUUGCUCUUCGUGUCCCUGGCUGUGAUUUUGCAUUAUGGCAGUCAAAUAAGAGCAAAAGCGUUUCCAGAAAUCACAGAUUCUUCUCAGCCUACGGGAGCAGCAACAGUCCAGGACACAGCAAAACUUGUCCUGCAACCAACUAACCAAGUGCUUCACAGAACGAUAGCAGCAAGAUCAACGGGUGGUCACCUCACCUCUCCGAUAGCUGCCACAACCUCUAACUCGGAGACCCCAACCACACACACAACAACACAAACUCUAACAACAACCUCCCCUGUAACUACCAACAACACCCCAUCCACCAGCCCAAUAAUCCACACCCUCAUUACAACCCUUGCUACACCCAACACCUCUCACACAACUACUCCAGUCACUGAGGCUACAAUUGGCCCGAGUGCAGCUCGCCGUUCACCCCCACCCACCAUCACUCCACCAGCCCAUACAACUGGAACCAGCCCGGCGACUGUCAGCCACACAACUGGGAAGACCACCCAACCCAGUAAGCUGACCACCCUUCUGCCAACUUUGUCCACCUCACCAUGCAAUAGCACAACCAGUCAGAAGCCCACUCAACCCACCCAUGCUUCAGGAACAACCACAGUUAUACACAAUGCCACCCAAACUGCCUCACCUGCCACCACAACCCCUGGGCCCACCCUUGCACCUCAGCCAUCAACAGCUAAGACUGGAAUUUAUCAAGUUCUAAAUGGAAGCAGGCUCUGUAUCAAAGCAGAGAUGGGGAUACAGCUGACAGUUCAAGACACAGAGUCGGUUUUUUCACCUCAGAGAUACUUCAAUAUCGACCCCAAUACAACUCAAGCUUCUGGGAAUUGUGGCUCCCGAGAAUCCAACCUUCUCUUGAAUUUCCAGGGCGGAUUUGUGAAUCUCACAUUCACCAAGGAUGAAAACUCGUAUUAUAUGAAUGAAGUGGGAGCCUAUUUGACCGUCUCAAACCCAGAGAAAAUUUACCAAGGAAUGAAAAGUACUGCGAUGAUGUUUGAGACUGUGAUUGGACAUUCCUUCAAGUGUGUGAGUGAACAGAGCAUCCAGCUGUCUGCCCACCUUCAACUGAAAACAAUGAAUGUCCAACUUCAAGCCUUUGAUUUCGAAGAUGACCACUUUGGAAAUGUGGACGAGUGUUCCUCUGACUACACAGUUGUCCUUCCGGUGAUUGGGGCCAUCGUGCUUGGUCUUUGCGCUGUGGGUUUGAUUGUCUAUGGAAUCCGCCUAAGGCGUGAAUCAUCUGGAUACCAGAGAAUCUAAUUGGUGCCCAGGGGGAAAAGAAAAUAAUGGAGCUUAGAGAAGUUUUUCUUCAUUUUCCAGGGUAUUAGGGACUUCCCUUAGAGUGUGGGUCCUUCCAACAAUGUAAACCAUCUUUCACCAAAACUGAGUCAUUUCUGAUUUAAGUUCAAGCAGCAUAUCGAUUUCUAAAUAUUUUUUGUUUAUUUUAUGAAAGAUCUAGUGAGCUAUUUAAGAGUAUUUUCUAGUUUCCUUCAAAAUAUUUUAAUUAUUCAAAGUCAACAUUUGAGAUAUGUUAAAAUAGCACAAUCUAUGUAAAGUGGUGUAUAUGUCUCCAAUUUAUAAACCAAAGCAUCAAUUGUAAUCAAACCUGCAUGUUCCUCUUGUUGGUAUCAGAUGAAAACCCUAGGCUGUCCGUGAUAUGUUGUUCAUUUUGAUGAUUAAAAAAAAAACAUUUAAAAUGGGAAAGGAGUUAGUAGGUAGCCAGGCAUAUGUUCAUCAUAUAAAACAUGAAUAGUAAAAGCACUGAAAUUCCAUUUUAGAGAUAAAGCAGAGACAUUUUUUAAAAUGGAAAAGAUCAAAGGUAAAAUAAGAUACUGAAGGGGUUGUUUGGCUGGGGCUCUAACGAUAAAGGAGUAAACUUCUCAAGGUAUUUUUUAUUUCUUUGAAAACAGCAAUUUUCUAACCACUAACCAACUUUUCUUUCUUGAAUGUAGCUCCCCCCUCUAGUGGUAGCUUGCGUCUUUUGCACUUUUAUAGCCACAUUUUCUAUACUGUUUGCUUUAUUCUGUGGAGCAGCCUGCCCUUCCUCUCCCCCCACCACACCCCCCCCCAAAAAAAAUCCCUGUUUGUUUUUACUGCUAAAGAAAGGAACGAAGUGAGGACAUUACCAGAAAAGACCACAUGCCCCAGGCAUUCUUUAGUAAAGGAAUAAUUUCAGUCACCCUAGAGUACACAUUGACUUUCCUGACUUGUUCUCUUAUGAGUCAAUAGGGAUG